AUGGUGCUCUUCAUGUUGCUAUUCGGGCAGCUGCCCUCUGUCACACUUGAGACAUGUUUGGUUCACCACAGCUUGAAGACCAGUGGCGUUAAAUGCCGUGUAAGAGACCCCAUCCCCAUUUCCCAUGAUUUCUAUCAGCCAGGAGACCUUGUGCUUGGAAUGGUUGCUUCACAGACCUUGUUCAUGGAUGCCUCCACUGACUUCAGUGUACUGCCCUCUCAUAGACUGACCAAGAAAUCCAUCCUGAUGCCAAAAAACUACCAGAACAUCCUGUCACUGUUAUUUGCUGUAAAGAAGCUCAAUGGAAGUCCCACAAUAUUACCCAAUGUCACUUUGGGCUUCCACAUAUGUGACCAAAAUUACAAUUUACAGAUGACUUUACAUGGCACCAUGAGCCUACUUUCUACAAAGCACAAGUUUGUCCCCAACUACAAGUGUGAUGUCCAGUACAGUCUGUUAUCUGUUAUUGGAGGACUCAUUUCUGAGACCUCUAUCAACAUGGCCACCAUCUUAAAUGCAUACAAGAUUCCACAGCUCACUUAUGGCUCACUUGCCUCAGGAAUGUGUGACAAAACAUUACUUUCUUGCCUAUACCAAAUGGUUCCCGAUGACAGCCAUCAAUAUACUGGGAUUAACCGAUUACUUCUGCAUUUCAGAUGGACGUGGGUUGGGCUCUUUGCUCUGGAUAAUGAAAAUGGAGAACAGUUUUUGCAAGUAAUGGUCCCAAUGCUUCUCCAGAAUGUGUUCUGCAUUGAUAUUUCUGAACAGGUAUUGCCCAUUUCUGCAUGCAAUGACAACUGCCGUCCUGGAUCCAGCAAGAUAAGGAAGGAAGGGAAGCCAUUCUGCUGUUAUGACUGUGUUCCAUGUCCAGAAGGGAAGAUUACUGAUAAGAGAGAUAUGGAUAUCUGCAUCAUAUGUCCAGAAGACUAUUAUGCAAAUCCAGACCAGGAUCAAUGCAUUCCCAAGGUUAUCAGCUAUCUCUCAUAUGAAGAACCUUUGGGGACCAGUUUAGCUUUGUCAGCUGGUUGUUUAGCUCUGACCACAAUUGUGGUGCUUGGGGUCUUCAUAAAGCACCAGGAGACGCCCAUCGUCAAAGCCAACAAUCGGAGCCUCACCUACGUUCUCCUCGCUUCCCUCUUUCUCUGCUUCCUCUCCUCCUUGCUGUUCAUUGGACAGCCUGUGGAAGUGACCUGCCUCCUUAGACAAACUACUUUUGGCAUCAUUUUCUCUGUAGCCCUUUCUAGCAUUUUGGCCAAAACCAUCAUAGUCGUAUUAGCAUUUCUGGCCACCCAACCAGGAUCCAGAAUGAAGAAAUGGUUGGGGAAAAGACUGGCAACUUCCAUUGUUCUUUCCUGCACUUCCAUUCAAGCAGGCAUUUGUAUUCUUUGGCUAUGCACUUCACCUCCAUUCCGAGAUAUGGACAUGACCUCAUUGAAUGGAGAAAUCAUACUAGAAUGUAACGAAGGGUCAAUCUUUAUGUUUUGUUGUGUCCUGGGUUAUAUGGGCUUCCUGGCCAUUGUCACCUUCAUUGUGGCAUUCUUUGCCAGGAGGUUGCCUGACUGUUUCAAUGAAGCUAAAUUUAUCACUUUCAGCAUGUUGGUGUUUUGCAGUGUUUGGAUCUCCUUUAUUCCAACCUAUCUGAGCACCAAGGGGAAAUACAUGGUGACUGUAGAGAUCUUCUCCAUUUUAUCCUCCAGUGCUGGUCUUCUAGGCUUUAUAUUCUCCUCUAAAUGUUACAUCAUUGUGAUGAGACCCAAGCUGAACAACAAGGAGAGGCUGAUGAGGAAAAAUUAG